UGGCGGCCUUGUCGCAGUUGCUAUUCUUUGCCAAACAAUAACGAGAAAAUUGAUUUAAUCAAGUAUUUAUAACACUUCUUAGAAAUAAUAGAACUAAAUUUAUAUAUAAAUUAAUACCUCAAGAAGUUAAUUCUAUUGAUAAUGUGAUAAUAAGUUAACCCAUGGCUUCAAAUGUGCAAGACUCGUCUGUCGCUCAACAGACAUUUGUUGAGGAAAUUGAUUACAAUGAAAUACAGGAAUUGCAGGUUGUAGGCAAAGGUGCGUUCGGUGUGGUAUGGAAGGGUUUAUGGCGGAACACAUUUGUUGCUGUAAAGCACAUAAACUCCGAGGCUGAGAAACGGGAGUUUGCGAUUGAAGUUCGACAACUGUCCCGUGUGUCGCACCCAAACAUUGUGAGAUUAUAUGGAGCCUGUACUAAAGGUGCUCAUGUUUGUCUCGUGAUGGAGUAUGCAGAGGGAGGCUCUCUAUACAAUGUUCUUCACGUCCGUCCAAAACCUAAAUAUACUGCAGCGCAUGCAAUGAGUUGGGCUAGACAGUGUGCAGAGGGAGUGGCAUACUUACAUGCAAUGAAACCAAAACCCUUAAUUCACAGAGACCUAAAACCACCAAAUUUGCUCUUAGUAGCAGGUGGGCAGAAGCUGAAAAUUUGUGAUUUUGGUACAGCAGCUGAUAAGGCUACUUAUAUGACUAAUAAUAAAGGCAGUGCGGCAUGGAUGGCCCCUGAGGUGUUUGAAGGAUCAUCAUAUACAGAGAAAUGUGAUGUAUUCUCAUGGGGUAUUAUUCUGUGGGAGGUUUUGUCUCGGAGAAAACCAUUUGAGGAAGGUGGAUCGGCAUUUAGGAUAAUGUGGGCUGUGCAUACAGGUCAAAGGCCAAAUUUAAUAGAAGGUUGUCCGGAGCCCAUAGAACAACUGAUGACUCAAUGUUGGCAUAAAGUACCAGCAGAUAGACCCAGUAUGGCUAAAGUAGUGGAGAUAAUGAAAGCACUGUGUGAAUUCUUCCCUGGCGCUGACACGCCCAUCAACUUUGAUGACCUCGAAGAAGACGACGAGGAAUGCUCCGAAGACGGCUACAUGAUGUACGAUACACGGGAUAGCUUCGAAACGGAAACAGAAAGUUUAACACAAGCACACAAUCCCAUACAUUAUUCAAACGAAACCUCUUCCAAUUCGAUAUACAGGAAUACAGGGAAACCACUGUCGCCCAGAGCGAACAGUUAUGUCGAAAGCCAAGUGAAUAGGCUCCAACAUCUCAUGUCAGAACCGCAGCCUAAACCGGCUGCAUCUCGAGAGGACGAAAGAACUCUGUUAAAGAUUCCGCAAGUGAAAAAACCUGAACAACAAGAGCCUGGUAGAUCACCAGCUGUAGCAAUGAACAAAUUAAAUUCGCCUGUCCUUUCAGAUAGGACGUAUAUGCCAAGCGAAGGAAGCACACCACAAGAUACAUUACGAGUGUUUAGAAGCCCUAACAUUUUCAGUGAAUCGUCUACCCCUCGGGGGCCGUCUCCGUUAGUGAAUUACAAUAUCGGCAAUAUGAACCCUCGGCAUAUAGAUAUAGAACAGUAUUGGAAUAGGGAGAAUGAAAAACUAUCACCGGCUCGGACUCCCUCAGCUUUAAGUUAUAAUAAUUCUUCGAGGAAAGAGGACUAUAAUCAGAAUUACUGUGAUAGGUUGAGCGCGGCAAAUAGUCCAAUGACGCCGAUACGGGAGUAUAAUGGAAAUAUGAGGCCAGUGGAUGCGCAGUAUCAAACUCCGCUGCAAAUUGAAGUAGAUCCGAACGCGUGGGAGCUGCGGGAUCUGCCGCUACAAGACAUCGACGGUUACGUGGAGGUUAGAAAUACUGGCGGCUUUGAUAAGUUCGUCCCUAUUGGUAACAGCAGCAGCUCGGGCUCGGGCGCCGCGCCGCCGCACGAGCCGGACCCGGACCUGGACUCGAUGCACAUGAUGCUGGACCCGCACCUGCGGCCCAUCUCGCCGGACCUCGCCAACGACGAGUCCAAGCGGAUAUUCGAGGAGCACAAGCAGCUCGCGCAGGAGUACCUUAAGAUUCAAACAGAAUUAGCAUACCUCAGUAAGCACAAAUCAGAGCUAGAAGAGAAUAUGGACGACGAUGAGUUACGGCAAAAGAGAGAGAUUAUACAACUGGAGAAUGAGAAGGACUCACUAAUAAAACUGUACUGUACAUUGAAGAAGCAAGUGGCCCGCGCUGAAAACGAAAGUUGGCUGCUCGCUGAAGACGCGCCGCACGAGUGACACUUACACUUGCACUUACACUUACACUAGAGACACUUUGACACUUAACAUGUUUGAAGUGGCUAUGUCAUGAAAAGGUUUUUUAAAACAUCCAAACACUGGAGACAUUUUGAUAAUAAACAUGUUAGAGUGGUAUAUGAGUUAAAUGACUAUUUCGUAAAAGGGGUUUAGAAAAUGUAGAUUGUACAAAUGAUCAUUAUAAUCAGGUUAUUUUAAAUUGUUCAAUUGUAUAGAAUUUUUUACUAAAAAUAUGAUGAAUUAUGUAGGUCACAUUCUUAACCCAGAGCCCCAAGCGGCCCGAUCGAUCCCAGACACAAUAGAUUUUCUAUUGUGUCUGUGGCUCCGGGGCCUGAGUUACUACCUUUUAUAAUUUUGUUUGUAUUCUAGUCAAAACUAGAUUGCCUUAAAACCUUAAUUUGAUAAUUUAUUUUUUUAAAUUAAUUUAACAUACAGAUUGGUAGUCAAUUUUUAUAACCAAAUCGUAUUUUUUUUAUAAGUGUCGUUCAAAAUGAAGUGACUAUUACCCCUACUAUAAAAAAUUGAAAUAUAAAUCGAGUUUAGUGUGAGUUUGCGACGCGAAUAGACUUGCGAGACAUCUGUGAGUACUCCGUUGUAACAUUGAUCUCAAGUCGCCAAAAUGAGCCUUCGUUAUUUUGUACAUUUAUAGGCGUAGCUAGUCUCAUUAUUUAUUUUAUAUUAAUUAUUUAUGUAGAAGUUAUAGAUAAAUUACAGAUUUUUCAGAGGUGUAAUUUGAUAUUUUUUUUUUAAUAUAGGGAAAAAUAUUAUUCUAGGUAUGUAUGAUGUUUUUUUGAAGUUUAUCGGGGUUGGAAAAAAAUUUUAUAAUAUAAAUAGGA